AUGAGUAUUUUAGUAGUGAUAUUACCUCUUUUUUUAUUCCUAAUUCAUCAAAUAAAAUAUUUUUCAUCAAAUGGAGAAAUUUUCAAGAAGCGAAUGUUGAAUCCAUUUCAAUAUAAAAAUGAGAAAAAACAUAUUAUGAAACAUGUUCAAUCUUUAUCAUAUAUAUUUAAUGAACUUAAGAAUAAUGUUGAAGAUUUAGAGAAUACGUAUAAUAAUUUCAAGGAAGCCAUAAAAGUAUCUGAUGAAACAGAAAAACGUAUAAUUAAUAUAAAUAAUGAAAAAACAAAUAAAUUCAUAGAAAAGAUGGAAAAGCUAAAAACAAAAUAUGGAAUAUUUAAAGAAAAAAUUGAGGAUAAUUUAGAUAAAAAAAAGAAAAUAUUUGAUAAAAUUCUAAAAAAUACUAUUAAAGAAUUUUUUAAUCCAUCUGUUAGAGAAUUAAAAGGAAUUAAUAAAUAUAUAAGAUAUAUCAAUUUAAAUGCCAAAAACUUAAAUAAAAUUAUAUCUGGUAUAUUUUCUAAGGCAAUUAGCAUAAGUGAUAUAUAUGAACAAAAUAUAAAUGAAAUAUUUGAAAUAGGUAAAGAAUAUUACAGAAUGAAAUUAAAGAUAUUAAGUAAUUUCUUUAUGUCUGAAUAUAAUGAAUAUAAUAAAAAGUUGAGAUUGAUAUCGAAUGAAAAACAUAUGAAUGAAAUUUCAGAUAUUUUCUAUAUAGAAGUGUUAAAAGAUUAUCUUUUAAAUUCGAAGAAAAAAAUUAAUAUGAUAGAUAUGUCUAUUUUUUUAGAAAGUCAUUCCUUUUUAGAAUUAUCUUAUUUUUUUAAUACAUUUUUAAAAAACUAUUGUAAAUCAUUUAUCAUAUAUGUAAUCAAUAGGGUAGAAAUGAACUCAUAUAAUAAUCAAAUGAUUUUUUUAGAAUCAAAUAAAGUAGUAGACAUUGUUAAUUUUAUAAAAAAAAAUUAUAAUCAUUUAAAUAUUGAUUACGUAGUUAUUAAUAUUUUUAAUACAUAUAUAUCAGUUUUUGUAAAUUCAAAUGGAAUACUAUACCAUGUAAAUUAUGAAGAUUAUUUUUGUACUGGAUCGUUAAUUUUAUAUAAUACACAUAACUAUGGCUACUUUUUUACUAAUCAAAAAAUAGAUUAUAAUAAAUUCAAUUCAGAUGAUGAAUAUUUAUUUGUUUUAUAUUUAGGAAAUCGUAAAAUAGAAGAUAAUUUUUUAAUAUAUAAUAGAAAAGAUAUGAUCAAAUUUAAAAAAGUUAAUGUACUCAAACUUUUAGAAAAUAAAAAAUUUAAUUCAUAUGAUUCUUUUCUAAAUAUGUAUUUAUUAAAAUUAGAAUCUGAAUAUAAUUUUUACAAACAAUUUUUGAAUGAUGACCUUGAAAAUAUUCAUAAGUUUUCAGUUUAUAAUUCCAAUAUUAUAAUAACACAUAAUUCAUUAAGUAAAUUUGAUAUUCCUAAUGAUAAAUUUACGCCACAUUUUAAGGACAUUUACAUCUUGAUAAUAAUUUAUCCAGGAUCAUAUUUGGAUACAUUAUGUGAUUAUUUUACUAAUUUUUUAUUCAGAGAAUCAAUAUUUAUUUUAAAAAAGGAAGAUUCUAAUAUACUUGAAAUUUAUUUUGGUCAAAAUAAGGCAACCUUUUUAAUUAAUAAUAAAAAUAUAAAUUACCAUAUAAAUGUAAACGAAGAAAAUAAUUCAGAUUCAUCUGGAAAUAAAUUAACAAAAAUUUCGAAUUGCAUAAAAUUUUAUAUGCAAAGAAAUUAUAAUGAAUAUUUUGAUUAUUUACAAAUAAUUUAUUUUAUAGUUUCUGACUAG